AUGGUAAAGACUUGUGAGUUUUUAGCUUCGACCACGGCUUUCAGAGUACACCCACUGGGCUGCCGUGCUGACUGCCACAGUAAGGCCGAACAACCCCACUCCGACAUCUCCCCGCCGCGCCCACGGCUGCCCACUUGGCCAAUUCCCUACACCAUAGAGAUUGUGCCUGGCUUUUGGUUUUCAAUUUAUACAAGAUUUUUUCAUGAUGAACGAUACCCAUCUGUUAAUUCAUCUAAACCAGCGUUAGUGAAACUCCCCAAAACCAAGAUAGGGGUUUUCUGGGAUUUGGAGAACAAACCUCCGAAAUCGGUUUCUCCUUUCGAGGCUGCGAUUAAGUUGAAAAGGGCAGUUUCGUCUUUUGGGGUUGUCAGGUAUAUGGUAGCUUAUGCCAAUCAACAUGCAUUUAGCUAUGUGCCCCCUGCAGUUAGAGAGUUGAGGAAUGAGAGGAAGGUGUUAAAUCGUUUAGAAAACAAGGGUGUUAUCAAAUCUGUUGAACCGUACGUAUGUCGGGUUUGUGGGAGGAAUUUUAACAUCAAUGAUAAGCUUAUUGACCAUUUCAAGGUUCACGAGAGGGAGCAUCAGAAACGGUUGAAUCAGAUAGAGUCUGCAAAAGGGAGGAAGAGGGUUAUUUUGGUGGGGAAAUAUGCAAUGAAGAUGGAGAAAUAUAAGAAUGCUGCGCGGGAUAUAUUGACUCCCAAGGUUGGGUAUGGUUUAGGAGACGGUUUGAAACGUGCUGGUUUCUGGGUGAAGAUGGUGUCUGAUGAACCACAAGCAGCAGAUGUUGCUCUAAAGAAUCAUAUUGUGGAUAUGAUGGAUCAUAGGCGAAUACAAUGCUUGGUCCUUGUCUCUGAUGAUUCAGAUUUUUUGGAUGUCUUGAAGGAGGCUAAGGAGAGAUGUCUCAAGACUGUUGUUGUCGGUGACAAUGAUGAUGGCGUGUUGAAGAGAAAUGCAGAUGCCUCUUUUUCUUGGAGGGAGAUUUUGAUUGGUAAAGCUAAAACACAAGCAGUUUCAGUUGUUGGCCAGUGGAGAGAUCGCGACGUUUUGAAGAGUCUGGAAUGGUCAUAUAAUCCAGAAGUGGAAAGAGAUGCUCAUAAAGGGAGUAACGACUCUGAUUUUGAGGAUGUUCAGGUUGAGGAUGAAGAAUCUGAAGAUAUAAUUGAACAAGAUCAUUACCCUUUGCUCCAGAAUGAUGAUAGACCUUGGUGGGAAUUGGAUUCAAAUGCUGGUGGUCCAUCUUCUAAUCCAUGACACAUUUGAUUCAUUUAAAAGGACCAAGUCUGUGAAAUUAUUUGAAAGACGGAUAAGAUAGCCAAGGAAAGCAACAAAUGGUUACUUCCACUGGAUCAAUGGUAUUCAUCGAAGUACUUGCUGAUCAGCUACGCCUACGAGUCAAUCAAGCCAUCAUAGGACUGAAUAUUACACAUAUUCUCCUGGUGUUGUCUGACAAAAGAAGGACCAGCAUUCACGCAAGACACGAGGUAACCCCUUUAGAGGAAAGAUGCAAAUUUGCAACAACAAUAUUAUAGGAAAUUCGAAGGAUUUGAUGUAUGUGGUUGAUAAAAAGAAGUCAACCUUCCAAGGAUUGUAGUGAUUUUAGUUCAGGCUUUUUUUUGUCAUGAGAUUUAGUUCGGUAUGUUAAUGACCAAAGUUUGUCCUCUUCUUCAAGCUUUUGUUAGUUCUGUUUUUCUAGCAUCGUUAGGAAAUUGGAGACUCUCCUUUGGUCGACUUUUCAUAUUGGUGUUUUUUCUUUAUAAUUCUGUUAAUAUUAUUGCAAGAAUAGUCAUGUGAAUAAUAAUACUCCCUCCGUUCCUAAAUACGUGUCCAGUUUCCAUUUAUGGCGUUCCCUUU